UGCUCGCGCUCGACUGCGGCCGCCCGCCGUGCGCGCGCCCGCGGGGGCGGGGGUCCCCGCGCGCGAGGCCCGUGACGUGGCGGCGCGAUGCUGCGGGCUCUGGCGCUCGCGCUGCUGGCGGCGGCGCUGGCGGCGGGGGGCGGCCCGGGACCCCCCCGGCUCCGCGGGGCCGAGCUGCGGGACCUGGCGCGGGGCAAGGUGGAGACCUGCGGCGGGUGACGGCUGAACCGCCUGCGAGAGGUGAAGGCCUUCGUCACCCAGGACAUCCCCCUCUACCAUAACCUGGAGAUGAAGCACUUGCCUGGUGCUGACCCCGAGCUUGUGCUCCUCAGUCACCGAUACAAGGAACUGGAGAGAAUCCCCCUGAGCGACAUGACCCGGGAGGAGAUCAACCAGCUGGUGCAGGAGCUGGGCUUCUACCGCAAGGAGACACCUGAUGCCCCUGUGCCUGAGGAGUUCCAGUUUGCCCCUGCCAGGCCUCUGCCCACACUGCCACCCCCCCAACCUUCUGCUGUUGACAGCAAGACUUCACCCGAACGUGACAUGGGAGAACACCCAGACCUCUAGCAAGGGGUGCUGUGCCCAGGAGAGGGUCCCGCAGCCAGUCCUCAGCACAUGGAGACAAGGGCAUUACAGCACCAGGGCACAGUGCUAUGGACUGGUGAAGGUGCCCCUGCAGUUGCUUGGUGCUAUGUAGCCUCUGCCCCAAGGAUGCCCUGAGCAGCUCCAGCCUUGAGCAGGGGUUUCCUGGGCAUUGCAGACAUCCUAGGGGUCCCGUGUGCCUGUUUUUGUCCUCCCUCCCCUGCAGCCCAGCAUCCCUGGCUGGUCGGGGGAAGCAGUGUUCUCUGUGCACCCUCACCAUGCCCCAAGGUUUAGCUGAUUCCUGGCGCUGGGCAGCGGUAUCCUACCUGUGUGGACAGGAUGAAACCCUCAGCAGAAAGCCACAGGUGCUGAGGGUAGAUGUGCUGAGUCCUGGAGGUGGGAGAGCUGCCCCCAGGGGGCCUUUACAUCCCAGCAGGGUCAUCUUGUAUUGAGCCUCCAUUAAAGCCCUUGAGUACAA